AUGCAGGAGCGAGAAGGGGCAGAAAACCAAGAAACAGAUAAUGCUCAACCAAUGACUUUCCAAGAAAAGCAGCGCCUUAGUUUCAACAUAAACAGAUUAGCAGGAAGUGACUUGGCUGAGAUAAUCAACAUCAUUCAAUCCCGAGAGCCUCGUCUGUCGGAGAACCCGGAUGAAGUAGAGUUGGAUUUCGAAACUUUGCAACCCAGAACUCUUCGUGAAUUGGAGACUUUUGUCUUCUUACGUUUAGGCCAGAGUUAUUAUGACCCAAUUGCAGAGGAUUCGGAUGUAGAAGCAUCUUUAGAUGACGAGGACGCACAAGAUGAAGAUCUCUGUUCGACCAAUGACAAGCCAUCAAGAAAUGGACAGUCUGAGCCGUAA